GUCGUACGAGAUGAACGGCUGAUGUCACGGCGUUACCGUAUGUAACGGCGGAACCAUGGAUCGUCAGGUUUAGGCCGAUUUAGAUAAGAUUAAUCGUGAUAUCAGAGUCGUACGUACUCGGAACGGUUUCGGCUGCGUAUCUUCGGUGUGGGAGCGAGAACGCGAGAUGUCCGGCUUCGACGAGAAUCCCUUCGGGGAGCCUACGAUCAACGAUCCCUUCUCGGAUCCAGCUAUACGAAGAGCAGUAAAUUCUACAUCUGCUAGUAGAGGUCUCGAGGAUUAUAAUCCUUUUGCUGAGCAAGGUACUCAAGGAACUACACAAGUCAGAGGUGCGGUGAAUCCACCUAUUUACGGUGGAGUCGGUGCAACGCAGCAACCGGCCACACUUCAACCUACUAAUCAGGAAGCACCUCCUCCCGCAUACGCUCGUACUCCUCAGCAAACAGUCAAUGCGGCGCUUGGGGGAACCUUAUCACCGCCAACAGAUCAACGGGUGGAACCAGAAUGGAAAGCCAAAACGGAAGAAGAAAUGAGAAACACACCUUACUAUCCAAGGCGAAAUAAUUGGCCACCAUUACCAGAGAAGUGCUGCUUCCAACCAUGCUUUUAUCAAGAUAUCGAUGUGGAAAUUCAUACCGAUUUCCAAAAGAUAGUGAGGCAUUUAUAUUACCUCUGGAUGUUUCACGGCUGUGUCCUUUUAUUGAACGUAAUUGGAGGAUUCAUCUUGAUGCUUUGUGGUCAGGGUUUCUCGGUGUUCGGCCUGGCUAUCUUGUAUCUCAUACUCUUCACUCCAUUUUCCUUCAUGUGCUGGUUCAGACCAGCGUACAGGGCUUUUAAGAACGACAGCUCUUUCAAUUUUAUGGUCUUUUUCUUUGUCUUCUUCUUUCAAUUAAUCGUUACCAGUAUUCAAGCUAUAGGUAUUCCUGGCUCAGGAACUUGUGGUAUAAUAACUGCAAUUGGUUCAUUCGACUCGUCGGCCAAGGGUAUUAUCGUCGGUCUUAUUAUGCUCUUCAUCGCUAUUUCUUUCAUUCUUGUGGCAGUGUCGGAUCUUUUAAUGCUAACUAAGAUCCACCGUAUUUACCGCACCUCCGAUGCGAGCGUGGUGAAAGCGCAGCAAGAGUUUGCCACAACGUUCUUGCGGAACGAGCACGUGCAAAAUGCCGCGAGCAAUGUCGCGGCGAGUGCAGUCCGCACGCAGAUGGCUAACGCUAGCCAACCGCGUUACUAAAUAAAUAAUCCUACCGUUUAUUUGAUCUACAGAGAUACACUAUGUUCUGGCUUUACAUCAAUCAGUAAGUGGAUAGAUCUCAUUAGUUCCGCUGUUUACGAAUUAUACAAAACAAUUAUAUAGAGAUGCAAUGUAUUUCAAAACUUAUUCUUGCAAUGAAACGCUACAAUAUACGAAAAUUCUGCUUCACCAUUAAAUUUAUUCUCUGACACGUUGACGAUGUCAAUUUUAACAUCUAAUGUCAAGUGAAGAUAAUAUCAAGAAAAUCUUGAUUUUUGAUAUUCUACAAUUAAAUCUCUCGAAACUAAUGUCUUUAUUUCCAAAUAAUACUGUUUCACGUCUAAAGCAUGUCUUAUCACGUGUAUGUAUUUCUAUAUAAAUUCGAAUUAUGUUCGUUCUUUGUUUAUAAUAUACGUUUAUUUAUGAUAUUCACUGGAAACGGAUUACAUGAUACGAGUGAGUUAUCUAUGCUUAUAAUCUAUACCUAUAAUUUUAUAUUAUCGCAUAAUUACUUGCAUCUAUUAUAUUUCAUAUCUUAGUGGCACAGUCUCAUGACAAUGUGAUCAUUUCUAAGUUAUAGGAGUAUCGUAUGAUAAUUAAUUCUUUUCCAAGUCCGAAUAACUGCAAGAUUUUUGACGUAUACAUAAUUUGAUUCGUAUUUCUUGAACGUUAACAUAAACACUAAUUUACCCACAGAUUUUGCAAGUAGUCUCUUUAUGUAAACUCCUGUGUAAAAUCCUGUACAUUCCUACUUGUAUAUGGUAUAUCAUGUUUUUAUUAUGAUUGUUGUGUUUCAUAUUAAACGAGCCUAGUUUCUG